UAUUUUUCCUGCGCUUUUAUUUUGAAGCCCAAGACUCCAAACCGGAAGUGCAAUUAUUUUGGCGAUUCCGAGCCAGGAAUCAUCUCUGCGUUGAUGUUACGCACGGUGACGCUCAUAAAUCCCGACGGGCGCGUUGAGGAGCGUCCCGGAAUUAACGGAGGAGAGCGAUAACGGAUCCGCUGAAAUUUACCGACAAAUAACUUCGGACUCCCGGCGGGCUGCAGCAGCUGAGAGCGGCGGAGGGAGCGAGGACUGACCGGGGGAAGAGCGCUGGUCUCCCGCAGAGCCCGUCUUCACAGAUGUGGGGUCUCUCCAUCUAUGGCCUCCUCCAGGUGGACCCACAGUGACCUCAGUCACUCCUGACGGCAGCUUCAAGCUCCUGAUUCACCAGAAGACUUCUGCAGGAUGCAGUGUGAGGAGGGGACAGAGUGGCUGCUGGAGCUGCUGACAGAUGUGCAGCUGCAGCAGUACUUCCUACGAAUCCGCGAUGAUCUUAACGUCACGCGGCUCUCCCACUUCGACUACGUCAAGAAUGAAGACCUGGAGAAGAUCGGCAUGGGACGCCCGGGUCAGAGGAGGCUGUGGGAGGCGGUCAAGAGGAGAAGAGCACUUUAUAAACGAAAGUCCUGGAUGAGCAAGGUGUUUCCGGUUAAACGACCCGACUCGGACCCCCAGCAGCCCCUCCCUCAGGGGGCGUCGUCCAGUUCGGCGACAGCCAACAGCGAGCCGGGAGCCUCGCUCACCUGCCUGAUCAGAGAGACGGAGCUACAGCUGUUUGAGCGUCUUGGAGACGGCACGUUUGGGGUGGUGCGGAGGGGAGAGUGGACGGGACCCAACGGCAGAGUGUUAUCAGUGGCUGUGAAGUGCCUGAAGGCCGGCGUGCUGGACUCUGACGGUCUGGACGAUUUCAUCAGAGAGGUGAACGCGAUGCACUCACUGAGCCACCAGAACCUCAUCCGGCUGUACGGCAUCGUCCUCACACAGCCCAUGAAGAUGGUGGCUGAGCUGGCGCCUCUGGGUUCACUGUUGGAUCGUCUGAGAAAGCGUCAGGGUCACAUCCUCAUCUCGUCUCUGUGUAACUACGCCGUGCAGGUGGCGUGCGGCAUGGCUUACCUGGAGCAGAGACGUUUCCUCCACAGGGACCUGGCUGCCCGCAACGUCCUGCUGUCCACCAAUGACACAGUGAAGAUCGGAGACUUCGGCCUGAUGAGGGCGCUGCCAACACACACCGACCAAUACAUCAUGGAGGAGGGACAUAAGAUCCCUUUCCCAUGGUGUGCUCCAGAGUCUCUGAAGUCUCGUACUUUCUCUCAUGCGUCUGACACCUGGAUGUUUGGGGUCACGCUGUGGGAGAUGUUCACCCACGGACAGGAGCCGUGGCUAGGCCUUAAUGGGAGCCAGAUCCUCCACAAGGUGGACGUGGAGGCCGAGCGGCUGUGCAAACCAGACGACUGUCCUCAGGAUAUUUACAACGUCAUGCUGCAGUGCUGGAGCCCCAAACCUGAGGACAGACCGACCUUCAUCGCCCUCAGAGACUUCCUGCUCGAGACCAUGCCGACUGACAUGAGAGCGCUGCAGGACUUUGAGGAGGAAGACAAGCUGGAGAUUAAAAUGAACGACGUCAUCACCAUCAUCGAGGGAAGGGCGGAGCACUACUGGUGGCGAGGUCAGAACAGGCGGACGCUGCGCGUCGGUCAGUUUCCUCGUCAUGUUGUGACGUCGGUCGCCGGUUUGUCCGCCCACGACAUCAGCCGGCCGCUCAAGCACUCCUUCAUCCACACUGGACACGGAGACACGGACCCUCACAGGAGCUGGGGACAUGCAGACCGCAUAGACAGUCUGUAUUUGGGGAACCCCAUGGACCCUCCUGAUGUCCUCGGGAUGGAGCCAGGCACUGCGAGGCCGACCAAACUCCCCAACCGCUCCAAGAAGCAACCUCCUCCUCGUCCGCCCCAACCUGCCAUUCUGCUGAAGAAGCCGUUCUACGACUCUGUGAUGGACGAUUACGACGACGACGACGACACCAGCACCUCGUCGGGGCUGAAGAGGCUGGGAGUGUCCCUGGGGCUGAAGCUGCGACCCUGGGAGGGAUCCGGCGUGCGCUCGGCCAAAAGCGAGGUGUCGCUCAUCGACUUUACUGACGACAGCUUCAGCUCCACCACGCCCUCGCCGCUCACUGAGACGCGGCAGCCGGAUGAGGACACGUUGAAGGACACUCCGUCCAUCCUGGACUGGCCUCUCCCUCAGCCAUCUUACGACGAAGUUUCAGCGGAGCUCGAGGACCAAUCAGAGGACCAGGAGGUGCGGUCCAUCAACAAAGGUUUUACUGAAGAGACAAUGGCCGUGUCCGGCUCUGCCAUGGCGAGCAGGAGCGAGUCACAGUCAGCUGACCUCUUCCAAGAACUACAGAGAGAGGUGAUGGUGAAGCUGCAGGUUCCCAUGGCAACAGGCCGCUCCCUCCCGUCCUCCCCGCUGCCUAUACCCCUGGCUCCGUUGGGCCCUCAUCGACAGAUCUGCCUGCCUCCUCCCUCGCCAUCCUCCACCUCCUCCUUCCCCUGCUGCUUCGAGGACCGGCCCGUGCUGCCUCCUCGCAGCCCCGUACCCCCGCUGCGUCCCUCCAAGCGCAACUUCUCCACCCGCACCACCCACCCGCAGGCGCGCUCCAGCUCCAUCUCCCUGGGCGACGAAGACGACAUGCCUCCUCAGAUCCCACCUAGAGACCACGCCUUCUCUCAGCCGGGCUCCCGCUCCUCCUCUCCCCUCCCACUGGUGCCACCGCUAUCCUCCUACCCUGUUGCCCUGCCUCCUCCUCCCCUCUCCGUCUCCCCACGCCGGGCAUCCGGACUCCUGGGUCCUCUCCUGUCCUCCAACUCGUUGUCCUCCUCUCAGGCUCAAGCCACGUCACAUUCCUCCCAGCUCGCAGCUCGUGGUUCCUCCUACUCAUCCAGCUCCUUACUGGAUCCUCUGGCCUUUCGUGAGGGGCGUAGCCUCUCCUCACUGAUUGACAGCUCCCCGAGCUCUGCGCCCGCCCCGUUGCCAGAGCGACCAGCUUUUCUGGAAAGAUAUGGAGCAGCCAAUAUGGCGGCAGUCAAACCCAUGAUUCAGCAUCCCGGCGGAGCCAAACCAAACUCCUCCUACAACAACAACAACGGGCGAACUGCAACUCCCAGCAUGCAACAGGAGCAGAGUGUCACACAGGUCCAAGGAGCAGUUCACGGUGUCACGCUGGAGGAGUGUCAGGCCGCCCUGCAGAGCCACAGCUGGAGCAUCCCUCAGGCCAUAAAUCAUUUGAAGGUGGAGCAGUUGUUUCGCCUGGGCCUGCGGUCAAGAGCCGAGUGUGAGGAGAUUCUGCAGCGCUGCCAGAUGAACCUGGAACAGGCCAGCACGCUCAUGCUGGACACAUACGGACCACAUCGAAACAGGAAGUGACAGCGAGAGGAAAAACUGAGCGAUAAUCAACCAGAUACGAGCUCCUGAUGUAAUCGGGAUCAACACAUCAAUGCUGACCUGCGCGGAUGAGUCACCGCUCCGAGCAGUCGUAACACACAGAAGCUUUCUAAUGAACGGAGGAACAUAAAGCAGUACAUGUGCCUCACUUAAUGUACUGUGAAUACCUGCUAUUACCUGUCGCACACAUGCAUGCUCAUUAUUACCUAACAGAGCAGCUUGUUGAAUGAGUCACACUGUUUACUUGAACAGUUGCUAUUUAUGUUGUUUUACUAUUAUAUGAAUAAUGAAAAGUAAUGUUUCUGCAAACUUUAACUGUGUGUGUGUCUGCUGUGAAAGCGUGCAUGUUCAGGUGUGUGUGUGAGUGUGUGUGUGCACGCAUAAGCUUACAUUUUGUUCAACACUGUAAAUGCCCAUGCCUUUUUGCUGUUAAUGAAGCAUUAUAAAAUCAGGGAAAUGUCA